CCAGUUUAAGUGUUAAAAGUGUCAUUAUUUAGCCGCCGAGGCCGAGAGAAGUGUGCAAACAAGCCUGUGUGACCUUCUGUCAAGAGCCUCCGUUCUCCAGAAGCUCAUUAAGGGCCUCCGGGGGGACAGCGCAUCAAUUGGCAGAACCCUCUGGCUUCCUCUCGGGCCCAUUUAAAGCCGGACCAACGGGAGAAAUAGAUUCAAUUUAAAAGCAGAGGUGGCAUAAAAGAUGUGGCGCUGUGAAGAGGUGUGGGUGACUUAUUAAAACCGCAGGAAAAGGCCCUUGAACUUCAGCCAAGUAGGAUCUAACCCCGUGGAGAGCUGCCGGGAUAUGUAGAAAGUUGGAUGCACUUGUCGUGGUUUUUAAAGACUUGAUUGGAGUCGGAUUUUCCUCUCAACCGAGCAGGAGACAAAAAAGCGUCAACCCCUUUCGCGCUGGCAGCCGCAGACCGACCAUGGACCUUCACGAAUCCAUGUUAAUAAACUUUGUCAGCGACAUGAACCUGAUCGGGUUCACCCAGAAGUGCGCACUAGGAGCAGCGGAGGAGCAGGUGGACAUCGCCCCAUGCUGCGCAAACAGCCCGACGCGGCUGUGCGGCUCUUCCUGGGCCAGAGCUCCGCAGGACAGAGGGCGCAGCGAGCGUCCGACGAGCGGCUCACCGAGGUGCUGCAGCCGUGGGAGCAACAGGUCCAAGCGGAGGAGGAUCAUCAGCGGCGUCCAGCGGCAGGCGGCCAACGUGCGGGAGAGAAAGCGGAUGUUCAGCCUGAACGAGGCGUUCGAUGAGCUGAGGAGAAAGGUUCCCACCUUUGCGUACGAAAAGAGGCUGUCCCGGAUCGAAACGCUGCGUCUGGCAAUCGUCUACAUCUCCUUCAUGAUGGACCUGCUGGAGAACACCUGAGAACGAGUUGUGUGACUUUUUUUUUUUUUUUUUUUUUUUUUUUUGAGAGAGAAAAAUAAGCUGCUACUGGAUUCAGAGAUUACACAGAAAUGAAUGAAUAAUCAGCUGCGGUGAAGCAAUACACGUAUAUGCUUUAUUCUCCUUUUGCAACAUAGUGAUAUAUUAUGAUUAUGAUUAUUAUUGUUAAUAAUAUUAUUAUUAUUUGUAGUAGUAGUAGUAGUAGUAGGAGGAGCAGCAAAUAGUUGUACAUUGAACAUACUAAAUAUUGUUGGUACCCUGAGCCGAGUUUGAUUUGAGGCUCCUUUUCCAAACCAUCACCAACCAAAGCACCAACAACGAAUCAACUGUUCAAGUUGGAUUGAUUUUUGUACAUUUAAUAAGGUUAAAUACACAAUGAUCAUGCCUAAAUGUCAUGGUUUAUCAAAAAGCCAAAAGGGGGAUUGUUUU